AUUUUGUAUAUGAUCUUAUUAAUUCCAAAAUCUUGUCUGAUAUUAAAUCUGUGCAAAACCUUAUUAAUUCUAAAAAUCUUUCAGAUAAAGAUUUUGCAUAUGACCUAAUUAAUUCCAAAAAUAUGUUAAAUAUAAAAUCUAUACAAGACCUUAUUAAUUUCAAGAAUAUAUCAGAUGAAAUCUUUGUACGAGACCUUACUAAUUCAUCAUUUCUUGGAGAGUACAAUAAAGAAUUAAUAAGUAUUUUCUUAGAAGAAUACAAAAAAUGGAGAAAAUCUCUCUCUAAACAAAUUAGUAAAAUUCUGCAAAAAGAAUCUCUCAUAGAUCAGUUACCACUUCAUUUAAGGAAAGAAUUUGAGCAAGUGAAACAAAACAUUGAAUCUCGUGAAUUUAAAAAAAUUUGCGAUAUGAUAGAAGAAAAAUAUCAAAAUAACGGAACUUUGCGGAUAAAUAUAAAGAGUAUAACAGUAUAUAGUUUACACUCUGAUGAUUUGUUGAUGAGUGAUAAUAGUUACUUAAUUAAUCAUGAGCUUGAGAUAAUUGAACCAAAACAACUUCAAAUAACAAUUUAUGAAACAGCAUUAGAUCAAUUGGAUACUUUUCAUCUUCAUAAUGAUGAGUUUUAUAUUCCAACUCCAAUUUUGCUUUCAUAUAAUUAUCAUG